ACUACUGUUGUUGAGGAGUCGACUGUUGUUGCCCCCACUACCGUCGUUGAGGAGUCGACUGUUGUUGCUCCUACUACCGUCGUUGAGGAGUCGACUGUUGUUGCUCCGACCACCAUCGUCGAGGAGUCCACCGUCGUUGCCCCUACCACAAUCGUCGAGAAGUCGACUGUUGUUGCUCCUACCACUGCCACCGCGGUUGUGACCACCACCAGCACUCCUACCACCCUUUCGUCGUCGACCACUUCUGAGGUCUCGUCGAGCGCUUCGUCUGUUUGCACUCCUUCGACUUCGAUCUACCCCAACCUGAUUGUUCCCAUCAACUCUGAGACCCCCGACACUGCUCUCGGAACUGGAUACUGGGCCAACAUCACCAAGUCGGACAGCGAGGAGCAGGAUGUCUUGCUUGAGUUUGACAUUUCGAGCGAGUACACUGGUACCUGCGAGCUCAAGUUCAUGUUCCCUGAUGACAUUAUUACUUUCCCGUUCGUUCUUGAGGGCGACACCUCUGUUGAGGUGUACGAGCUUACCAGCCAGGUUACCGAGUCUGACACCUGGAACGACCACCCGGCCACUGGCGACUUGCUUGCGACUGUUGACUUGGUUCGUGGAGGAUACGCUUACUCGCCUACGUUCAAGUGCAAUGCUGGCUCGUACAACGCGUACUUGCUCAAGUGCACUGGCGACUGUGUUGUUGAGUACUUUAUCGACUACAACCCUCCCCCUGUUGGAACUGUGAUCACUCCUUGCGCUUAAGCGUAGAUGUGAGGAACGGUGAGGAAAGUUGAAAAGAAAAAGAUUAAGUGAAGGAUGAGCAGGAUGAAAAGUAUGAAGUGAUUAUAUUAUUACCCGAUGCUCUUGCUAUUACCAUCAUUAUCAUUUGAGUCGGCAUCUAGUGCUGUUUAAUGUGUUUUUUAUUACGGGUCAUUGUGUGUUUUGCUACAGGUGUACUAAUAAUUUUGGAUGUUCAAUAAAUUAUUGCGAUAAAUAUAG